CUCAUUGUUGUUGCUUUGUAGGGCGGCAGAACCUGUGCAGGAAACGUGAAAGAAGGCACAGUAAUUUGGAAGCACCAGGAAAAAGGUCUGCCUUUGUUUCGAUACUCUCCGCUGUGGUCACUUUGAAUAUAUAGAGCACUUAGAACAAGACAGGGGCGCAUCCUGAGCCGCAACUUUGGUCUUUUGUUCAGCGGGAUGGCGCCCUCAAGGGAUCCCUUCCAGCGUCUGCCAGAGCCUGUCCUUGCUCUCGUUCUCUCACGCCUCUCCAAUGCCAGGGACAUUGCGAACGCAGCCUGCUGCUGCAGCAAAUGGGCAGAAACCGUUUGGGGGGCCAUCACGAGCCUCUCUGUGAAGAGCGGGGACUUUGAAACAAUCACUGAGUUUGAGUUAGUGGUAACCCGCAUGGUCACCAAGGCGAGGCAGCUGGAGAAGUUGUCAAUAACCAACCGGUUCGACCGCCCGCUGAACGAGGCGUGCGUGAUGUCAUGGAUUCAGCUGUGCCCUGGGCUCCAGCACAUCGAGCUCGUGGACAGGGAAAGCUGCGAUCCAGAGGAAACCCUGGUUGACCGGCGGUUUCAAACCUUGGCCAAGUGCAAAACCCUAAAAGGCUUAAGCCUGGAGUAUCGCCGGAGGCAGCGGUCUCUCGACGCGGAGCUGAGCUGGCACCUCCGCCUGCCGUCUCACGCCUUCGCUUCGCUGACGAGGAUUGAGCUCAAUGGCCUGACGGCGUGCACCGAGUCGUUGGAAGAGAUAGUCCAGCAUUGCCCGCUCUUAGAACACUUGCACCUCAGUCAGAUAAUGAGCCCAGCAGGCAGUCGCCUCCGGCUCGACGCCCCGUCUCUAGUUUGCUUCAAGUUCUCAGUCUUCCUCCAGCCGUUGGAUUUCGACCCCGACCGGUGCAUCGACAAGAUCCAGCUGUGGGCUCCAAAGCUGCGCGACGCCGAGAUCGCGCAUGUUAGGGGGCUGAAACUUUUGGGGGGGGCGCGCCUGCAGACCCUGACACUCAGGGAGUGUCCGCGGGGGAACUUGUUCGAGAUCGGCGACAAGUCGCAGCUGCGGGAGCUGAGCGUCUUGGAUGGCGCCGAUAACUUUUACAUCGCAAAUCCUUCGUCGGUUUACCACUACGAGGAGCUCGAGUGGGCGGGCGCCACGCUCUGGGACCUCGUCUUCGGCUGCUCGGCCCUCAAGGUUCUAGAUCUAGACGUGCAUUGUGCGGGGAGGGAGGGCGAGAGGCUGGGCACUGUGAGCGUGCCGGAGUUCUUCAAGCAGUUGCCCGCGCUGAUUGAUCUUCAUGUCAAGGACUCGUUUCUACAGUUCCUGCGGGGGCCGCAGGACCGAAGCUGGACGCGGGCGCACUUCUCGGGCGUGCGUAAGUUUCCGGGGCUCCAGCGGUUGGCCGUGCGCGUUCCGGAUUCUUGGUCCUCGUCGAGGCUGGGGCAGGUGAUGCAUUUCUUGCAGUACCUGUGCGGCGUCUGCCCGCGGCUCGCUGAGGUCAUCGUGGACUGCAACGAGCGGUCAAUUGCGGGACUGGAUGCGGGCUUCUUCCGGAGCCUUCUGGUCGUGCAGCGGAAGUUUCCCGGUGUGAAGUUCGAUUUCAAGGUCGAAAAGGAGUCCAAUAGAGCCCGAUCUUGGAGCCCCUACUCUGAUAUGGACGGUUCGUAUGAUGGGACCCCAAGCCGCAAGGACGAACCGUUCCUUGCCUGA